CUGUAUGGUUACAGUGUAUCAAAGAGGUGUAGCUAGCUGGACCAAAAGUGUCCAGUUUCGUUAGAGACAGUCAAAUCAAAGGGAUUGAAGCGAAGGAGGAUAUGGCAAAAACAUAUGAUUAUCUUUUUAAACUGUUACUAAUUGGAGACAGUGGAGUUGGAAAGACAUGUCUCCUGUUUCGAUUCAGCGAAGAUGCAUUCAACACUACCUUCAUAUCAACAAUAGGUAUUGACUUCAAAAUCAGGACAAUUGAGUUGGAUGGGAAAAAAAUCAAGCUUCAGAUAUGGGACACAGCUGGCCAGGAGAGGUUCAGGACCAUCACAACAGCCUAUUACAGAGGAGCGAUGGGCAUAAUGCUGGUGUAUGACAUCACCAAUGACAAGUCAUUCGAGAACAUCAAGAAUUGGAUCCGGAACAUAGAGGAGCAUGCUUCUUCAGAUGUGGAGAGAAUGAUUCUGGGGAACAAAUGUGACAUGAAUGACAAGAGGCAGGUGUCCAAAGAGAGAGGAGAGAAGUUGGCAAUUGACUAUGGGAUCAAGUUUUUAGAAACCAGUGCAAAAUCCAGCAUAAAUGUGGAAGAGGCCUUCUUUACCCUCGGCAGAGACAUAAUGACAAGACUCAACAGAAAAAUUAAUGACACAAAUUCUUCAGGAGGGGGUGGACCCGUCAAGAUCACAGAGAACCGGUCUAAGAAGAGCAGCUUCUUUAGGUGUUCGCUACUCUAGUUGCACAAACUCCACAGACUAUCACAGCCUCCACCUGCUCCUCCUCUUUCCACACACACAUACAUGAGCACAUAAACACACGCUCAGUGGGCCUGGGCAGGGCUAAUCUCCUGGUUGCUGCUCUUCUAUUGCUGCUGAGAAGCUGAAUGUUUUGCAGCCCCCACACUCCCUUGAAGAAAUGUCUCUUUUUGAGAAAAUAUACAACAAAAACUAAAGAAAAGGAAUGCUCAUCAUCAUUUACUCUGUUCCCCCUCCCCAUGCUCAACCGCCCUUCCUUAGACUUAACAGUUGUUCCCCUCUCCACCAGACGUCCUGUGUGUGACCUCCUCCAGCUAUGACUGACAGUUAAUGUCCCCUUCCACUUUUUUCGAAUACCCAUUUGGGAUACCCAUUUGGAAUACCCAUUUGUGUUGAUUUACUUUUCUAUUUAUCUAAAGCUGCCUCCCCUACUUAAGUUUUUGCACAGUGCAAUAAAAAAAAUUGUGAAGAUCGGCCCCAGAGGGUCCGUCAAGUUGCUUUGUAUUUCAUCUGCCUGCCUCUGAAGAGGAAAAUCAAAAAUCAUGACUGAAGAAUGCCUGUG